AUGGACGAAAUAUUGACAAAAUUAGCCUUGCAUACUGCCACCUUUGUCGGCAAGGCGGCGUUCGCCUAUAGUACAAACUAUGCCAUGAAUCAAGUUACAAAGUAUAUCAAACGCGACGCUUCUAAUACACAAAACGUCGAAUUGGAGGAACUUGAGCGUGUCAAAGCGACACUUGAAGCCACGAUUCGAAUGGUUCAACCUGCUAUAGAUCUAAUUGAAAUUAUAUCUGCACGCGGAAACACGGCUUUGGAACCAACAGCUGCUCAAACAACGCUAUUACGUAAAGAGAUUGAGUCAUUUGCACGUAGUCUUUCUGAAUAUAAUUUGUCUGAAACGGAGUCAACGGAUAAAAAACAAUUCUUCAAUGCAUCCAAAGUUAUUAAUGAAAUGCAAGCUUUAACACAAAAGAUUGAGAAAUUUGUACCAUAUUUAAAUUUAAUGAUGACAACUAGUGGUGCGAAUUUAGGGUGGAGUUUACCAAACUCUACCAGUCCCUCUCGUCUACUUCAAGCGUCAGAUGCGUUACGUGAAGCAAAUCGCCUAUUUUCAAAAAGUAGCAAACAGAUACGAGUUGGACCUGGAUAUAAAUUAAAAUUAUACUACAUGUUUACAGCUUCUGUUCGUCCCAAGUCUGUAAAUGAUUUUACGUGGAAAGAAGAAUUCUCAAAAUGCGAUGCUGCUUUAUAUCGAGUUCAUGAUGUUAAAGAAAAUGAGGAAAGAAGAGAGUACAUGUAUGAAUUGAUAAUUGUUGAAGAUUUAAAUGAUGGAAGAUAUCAUGAAGAAUUUGAUAAUGAUUGCCCUGCAAAACAACUUGCAGAAGAAGCUAAGCUCGGAAAACAUUCACAGUGUAUUCCAGGCAAAAUAAAACGGAUUCCAGUUGGUGAAAUUUCUCGUUUAUAUUAUACUUCAUCCGGAUCUUUGCUGAAUAUUGAAGAUUCGAAGAGUCCUGUGCUUGUACUAAAA